CGUCAUCGUGCGUCGCGACGUCGGUGCCGCGCACGUCAUUUCCACGCAGGCCUCGCUUCCAUGCUCCGCGCCCCGAGCUGUCAUCAUUUCACCGGGAGAGGCGAAGGGCAUCGGGGAUACCGGCAGAGAGGGGAGCCGCUGAAACUCGCUUCUUGAGUGGGCAAACGGACCAGUGGACAGUGGACGCUUCAUUCACCCCUUCGUGUUCUGGGACUGAACCCUGGUGGAGUUUUUAUCCCGUCGUCGUUCUGAGGUUGAGGACGUCUGACCCGUCGGACUGACCACCACCACUGUGUGUGUGUGUGACACUUUUAAGGACUGCUGAUGCAUCGUUUAAGGACUUGUGCGGCGCGGUUGCGUCCGCUCACCGCCUCGCAGGCGGCUCAGACUGUCGGCCAGCAGCGGCCAAUCACAGUCGCCUCCACGGGUGGCACAAGGACGUUUCAGCCAAUCAGGUGCUACUCGGCACCUGUGGCCUCUGAGCCGUUCCUGAACGGGACGAGCUCCAACUACGUGGAGGAGAUGUACUACGCCUGGCUGGAGAACCCCAAGAGUGUUCACAAGUCGUGGGAUGUAUUUUUCAGGAAUGCUAACGCCGGAGCUCCUCCCGGUGCUGCCUACCAGUCUCCCCUGAGCCUGUCUGCAGCUCCUCAGCUCUCCUCUCUGGUCGGAGCUCAGCCCAACGUGGAGAAGCUGGUGGAGGAUCACCUGGCCGUCCAGUCCCUCAUCAGGGCCUACCAGAUCCGAGGGCACCAUGUGGCCCAGUUGGACCCCCUCGGCAUCAUGGACGCCGAUCUGGACUCGUGUGUCCCCACUGACAUUAUCACCUCCUCCGACAAGCUGGACCUGACUGUGUUCAAGGAGAGGCUGAGAUUCCUAACGGUAGGAGGUUUCUACGGUCUGGAUGAGUCGGACCUGGACAAGGUGUUCCGGCUGCCCACCACCACCUUCAUCGGAGGCUCCGAGAGUGCCCUGCCGCUGAAAGAGAUCAUACGCCGACUGGAGAUGGCGUACUGUCAGCACAUCGGUGUGGAGUUCAUGUUCAUCAACGACCUGGAGCAGUGUCAGUGGAUCAGACAGAAGUUUGAGACUCCAGGAGUGAUGCAGUUCACUCUGGAGGAGAAGAGGACGCUGCUGGCCCGUAUGGUGCGCUCCACCAGGUUUGAGGAGUUCCUGCAGAAGAAGUGGUCUGCGGAGAAGCGUUUUGGUCUGGAGGGCUGUGAGUCUCUGAUCCCCGCUCUGAAAACCAUCAUUGAUAAAUCCUCUGAGAACGGAGUGGAAAACGUCAUCAUGGGCAUGCCUCACAGGGGUCGUCUGAAUGUUUUGGCCAACGUGAUCCGUAAAGAGCUGGAACAGAUUUUCUGUCAGUUUGACUCCAAACUGGAAUCUGCUGAUGAGGGAUCUGGAGAUGUGAAAUACCAUCUGGGGAUGUACCAUCGCCGUAUCAACCGCGUGACGGACAGGAACAUCACCCUGUCUCUGGUGGCGAACCCGUCUCACCUGGAGGCCGUGGACCCCGUGGUGCAGGGAAAGACCAAGGCUGAGCAGUUCUACUGCGGAGACAACGACGGCAACAGGGUGAUGUCCAUCCUGCUCCACGGAGACGCAGCGUUUGCGGGACAGGGUAUCGUCUACGAAACCUUCCACCUGUCGGACCUGCCGUCCUACACCACGCACGGCACCGUGCACGUCGUCGUCAACAACCAGAUCGGGUUCACCACAGACCCUCGUAUGGCUCGCUCGUCUCCGUAUCCGACCGACGUGGCUCGAGUCGUCAACGCUCCCAUCUUCCACGUCAACGCCGACGACCCCGAGGCCGUCAUCUACGUCUGUAAGGUGGCUGCUGAGUGGAGGGCCACGUUCCACAAAGACGUGGUGGUCGACCUGGUGUGUUACCGUCGGAUGGGUCACAACGAGAUGGACGAGCCGAUGUUCACCCAGCCGCUGAUGUACAAACAGAUCAAGAAGCAGAAGCCCGUUCUGCAGAAAUAUGCAGAGAAACUGAUCGGAGAGGGAGCCGUCAGCAGGCAGGAGUACGAGGAGGAAAUUGCCAAAUAUGACAAGAUCUGCGAGGAGGCGCACGCUCGCUCUAAAGAUGAGAAGAUCCUCCACAUCAAGCACUGGCUGGACUCCCCGUGGCCUGGUUUUUUCACUCUGGACGGACAACCAAAGUCCAUGAGCUGCCCCUCCACCGGUCUGACUGAAGAAAACCUGAACCACAUCGGGCAGGUGGCCUCGUCCGUCCCUGUGGAGGACUUCACCAUCCACGGAGGUCUGAGUCGUAUCCUGAAGGGCCGAGCUGAGAUGGUUCGUAACCGGACGGUGGACUGGGCUCUGGCAGAGUACAUGGCCUUCGGGUCGCUGCUGAAGGAGGGAACCCACAUCAGACUGUCGGGACAGGACGUGGAGCGAGGGACGUUCAGCCACCGUCAUCACGUCCUCCAUGACCAGAACGUGGAUAAGAGGAUCUGUAUUCCCAUGAACCACCUGUCUCCUGACCAGGCGCCGUACACCGUCUGCAACAGCUCGCUGUCCGAGUACGGAGUCCUGGGCUUUGAGCUGGGUUUUGCGAUGGCGAGUCCCAACGCUCUGAUCCUGUGGGAGGCUCAGUUUGGAGACUUCCACAACACGGCUCAGUGCAUCAUCGACCAGUUCAUCUGUCCCGGUCAGGCCAAGUGGGUCCGACAGAACGGCAUCGUGCUGCUGCUGCCGCACGGCAUGGAGGGCAUGGGUCCAGAACAUUCGUCAGCUCGUCCGGAGAGAUUCCUCCAGAUGUGCAACGACGACCCCGACAUCAUGCCGAACAUCUCGGAGGACUUUGCGGUGCGUCAGCUGUACGACUGUAACUGGAUCGUGGUGAACUGUUCGUCUCCUGGAAACUACUUCCACGUUCUCAGACGACAGAUUCUCCUCCCAUUCAGGAAGCCUCUGAUUGUCUUCACUCCCAAAUCUCUGCUGCGUCACCCAGAGGCCCGAUCCAGCUUUGACACGAUGCUGCCUGGAACUCACUUCCAGAGGCUGAUCCCAGAAGAAGGUUUGGCGGCGGCGCGUCCCGAGGACGUGAAGAGGCUGAUCUUCUGCACGGGGAAGGUUUACUACGAGCUGACCAAAGAGCGGAAGAACCGAGGCAUGGAGGCAACUGUGGCCGUCGCACGCAUAGAGCAGUUGUCUCCUUUCCCGUUCGACCAGGUGAAGGCCGAGUCGGAGCGCUUUGCCAACGCCGACCUGGUUUGGUGUCAGGAGGAGCACAAGAACCAGGGUUACUACGACUACGUGAAGCCUCGCAUCAGGACCACCACCCAGAGAGCCAAACCCGUCUGGUACGCUGGUAGAGAACCGGCAGCAGCUCCGGCUACGGGAAACAAAAACACUCACCUGAUGGAGCUGCGGCGUUUCCUGGACAACGCCUUCGACCUGGACGCGUUCAAAGAUCAGCAGUAGACCUCUGGCCUGCAACACCUGGAACAAACCCCUCACCUGCCUGACCUUUGACCCCCGACCCUCCUGGAUUCAGUUGUGACACUCAAACUGCAUCGCACGCACACACACACUCUGUAAUACUGCAUACUGGACCAGUACACAAGUACUGCAUACUACUCAGUACUACUACGUUUACAGCCUGUAUUUAUUUAAACUGAUUUGAUGAAUGAAACUGAUUUUAACCCAAAAACGAAAUUUUAAAAUCCUCAAAUAUUCUAAUUUUCCAUCGACAGCAGAAGUAAAUAUUUGACGCGUUGUAUUAUUACUUCGUAUUACAGCGCAGUACACGCUUCGCUGCGUGCUAAGCUCUGCUGUAGCGCACCGAGGCUUCUGUUUUAAAUACGAAGAUUCGCUCAAACAUGAGAAAACAUUACAGCUUCGUUCUGAAAUGAUUUGUCCUGUUUAAUUAUCGACUGUGUGUGUUGUUGUUGUUUUUUUGUAAUUUCUAUAAAUUUAUCUGCCACAUAUUUUCUUGAUGAAACACGAGGUUUAUAAAAUGUCAGAAAAUAGCGAGAUAUUGUACACGCAGCGUCUGUCCGACAGUUCAAACCCUGCAGAGAUUUACUGAGAAUUCAAAACAGAAAACGACUGUUGGUUUUGUUUGAUAAAUGACUUUAAUGAUUAAUCGCUUAUCAAAGGUGUUUAUUUCCCCGACCUGUGCAUUUUUCUGUCCGCAUACUUUUGGCCAUGUAGCGUGGUUGAGGGUGGGGUUACGUGAGUACUAAGCAGUAUGCAGGUGGAGUACAGUCGCCUGUCAUGUGCACUUCCUGAGCAACACGUCGCCUCGACCCAGAAUGCAGCGCUGCCGCUGAUACGAAGCGUUACUGGGAUAGUACCGAUACUCGGCGCCCUUAGAUUCAGGACUUCACACGAGUUUUCAUCCAACGGAAGAAGCCACAAGUCUCAGAUGUUAAAUGUUGUCUAAACCAGUGGUUCUCGGCCUGGGGCGGCGGUCCUGACGGGCCAGGAAGUAAAUCUGAUGUGUGAAGGAACAAUAACCGGACACGUGCGCUGUGACGCUGUACGAGCGUGCGGACUCCCGGGAGACGAGUUCAUUAACAAAGACAGAGUUUAGACGUGAAAAAACGUCAAAAAUCAAAUCCAACGUGUGACGAAGCUUGUGUUGCUCUUCAUUAUCAAAACAACAGGAGACGUGUGUGUCUUUAACAUCUAAACAGUUUAACUUACAGUAACUCAGUUCAUCAGAGUUAAGUGCAGGAGGCCAUGACAGAAAAACCUGGAGAACCACUGGUCUAAACACAAGCACCCAAACAAGAACUUCACCUGAAUAUAAUGUAGUCUAAAAUUGGCAGAAUUGUGAAGGAAGUCUGGUGCUGUCUGAUUAAAAGAGAGCCAGGUUUCAGUACUUGACCGUUCCUGAUGCUCUGUGCUGCCGACACGUUUCACUCGGUACCCAAACAGUGUUCAGAUUUAUUACCCAGCUCUCGCCAAGAGUUGACCCAGCAGGUGAGAAACCUGCGGAGUCGAGACGCGGGGCGGCACGAAACCAACCGAGGAGCUGCUGGAAGGCAACGUUGCUCCAGGAAAGUUGAAUCGAGCCAUCAGGUGGAGUGAAGCCUGAAGCUGAGGGUCAGAAACACACACACACCUUCCUCCGUCCACACACACACACACACACACACAGCUGUAAUAUAUAACAGCAGGUCAGCAGUUAUGUCUUCAUCAUCAUCAUCACUCCCCACACACACACACACACGCAGGAUCGUCACUCAUCUUUUCUUCACCUGAAAUGUUUCAGGAAACGUUUUACUUUUAGUUUUUAAUCAACGGCUCGUUAGCAUCGUUAGCGCUCCCCACUGAAAACAAAUGGGAGCCCGGCUAGCUUGGGAAAAGUGAGUGUGAUAUUUAAGGAUUGGAAUCACUGCAGCAGGUGGAGGGUUUUUUUUCCCCUUUUUAGCAGGUGUGUUAGCUCGUUAAGGAAAAGCCUGUAAUUAGUCACCACGGCAACGCUUAACUAGCACUGAGAUUUUAUUGUUUUUCUUUAUUUUGAAGGGAUAUUUUGGGAAUAAAAUGGCGGAGGUAUGCGCCAUCAGGCAUCCCUACAUGAACCAAAUGCACUGCUGAUCGUAAUUUAACCCCUCGGCUUCUGUCUCUUCUCUCUGCUGAGCAUUUAUCCCGUGCCAAAAUGGAUGUGAGCAUCUGGUGUUUUUUAGGAUUUUUCUUGUCCGGCGAGCAGCUGAAUGAACUGUGUCAGCAGGAAGAACGAUCUCCCGCUCUGAAACAGAAAAUAACACGGCAGCAGAACAUGAAAUCAGCUGCGGGUAGUGUUUUUUGGGGGCUUCUGUGAGACAAAGAAAAUGACUUAUUUAUUUUCAUAAGAGGGGAUUGAAAUUCUCUUCGUUAUUUUGCUUCAUUCAAUAAAGAACCCUGUAUGUACCGAA